AUGGUUCGCAACCUGGUCGUCAUCGGGGGUACAUCCCACCCGCAGUUGACCGAGACCAUUUGCAGUGUACUGGGCCUCCCUCCGGCGGAGGUGCUGCUGUCCAAGUUCGCUGUGGGUGAGACUCGUGUGGAGAUCCAGGAGUCCGUCCGUGGAAAGGACGUCUACAUCAUCCAGUCCGGAGGUGGUAAAGUCAACGACCACCUGCUUGAGCUCCUCAUUACUAUCUCCGCCUGUAAGACCGCAUCGGCCCGCCGGGUGACCGCUGUCCUUCCUCUCUUCCCCUACUCCCGCCAAAGUGAUAUUCCAUACGACAAGGCUGGAGCGCCUCUCGUCAAGUCCUCGGUCCCGAACAAAUCUACCAGCGGCUACACUUUCGAAAGCACUCCUCCCACCCCAGGCCCCGGUAAGCCCGAGGGCCUGGGUCUGAUGAAUGGCAUUGAUAGCCUCCAGAAGAGCCUUGCCAAAGCUCAGAUCGAAGAGCACAAUGGAAGCCCAGUGAAGCGUCGUCCUGCAUCCGGUACUCCACUUCCCCGGAGUGAUACCAACGACUCCCUCAAAUCCCUGGCUAACAGUGCGGCCCUUGAAGAAUCUACCAGUAACUCUUCCGCUGCUUCAAAGAUCAAUGCCUUCCAGCCUCGCCCUGGCUACAAGCAGUGGGUUGCACAAGCAGGCACUCUGGUAGCUGACCUGCUGACCUGCGCUGGUGCUGAUCACAUCAUUACUAUGGAUUUGCACGACCCUCAGUACCAGGGAUUCUUUGACAUUCCCGUGGACAACCUCUAUGGACGUCCUCUCCUGAAGAGCUACAUUCAGCGCAACAUCCCCAAUUUCAAGCAGGCCGUCAUCGUCAGCCCUGACGCUGGUGGCGCCAAGCGUGCGACAGCCAUUGCUGACCAGAUGGGAAUGGAAUUCGCUCUCAUCCACAAGGAGCGCCGCCCCACAAAGAUCACAGACCGCCAGAAUGCCACCAUGAUGUUGGUCGGCGACGUCCGCGACCGGAUAGCUAUCCUGAUCGACGACUUGGCGGAUACCUCUAACACAAUCACCCGGGCAGCCAAGCUCCUGAAGACAGAGGGCGCUUCCAAGGUCUAUGCCCUGGUCACCCACGGUAUUCUCAGCGGUGAUGCUAUCGAGCGCAUCAACGCCAGCGCCCUUGAUAAGGUGGUGGUGACCAACAGUGUGGAGCAGAACGAUCACCUGCGCCGAUGCCCGAAGCUGGAGGUCCUAGAGGUUGGCCACGUUUUCGCCGAGGCCAUCCGCCGCGUCCACCACGGUGAGAGUAUUAGUGUCUUGUUCCAGUAUGAUUGA